AUGAAAUUGGUUGAAUCCAAUAUCCGCCGUCUGCUCUUCUCGGCCAAUAAGAUGCUCGGUAACGCAUGGCGUUCACCAUUGAACGCCCGCGUGCCGUUGAUGCAAGCACUCCGAACCCUUGCCCCUCUUGGCCGCCAGCUUGUUCUCUCCGGCUACAUCUUUGCAAUGCAGCUACCAACGCCAAUUGUCUACUACUUCCUGUCUGGAGGCAACCACUCGCUGAUGAAAAGCUGCCACCUCACCUCGUACAACAAGGACGAGUGUACCCCCCUCGACGUGGCCAACAGCAUGGCUAGCACCAUGGGACCGUCCGCUGCAGAAUCGGAUACUAAAACCCCCAGCGGUGAUGCCUAUCCUGCCAGCAUCAACGAACGUGCGUUUGCACAUGUCCUCCACAUGGCGGCUUAUUACCGUGACCGGGCAUCGGUGGCGCGUUGGGACAAGUCUCUUGAGACGGUUGCUAGUUUGCACAGCAUUUCAUCCGGAAAGCGGCUAGCGAGCAGUGGGGCUGGGUUGUUUGAUGAAGGUCCCCCCGGCGCUCUCAAAGCCAGCACGACCAUUUUCUGGGGCAAGGAUGAUAUUGCUCUUGACCAAAGGAUCUGCCUUGAUGGGAUGGGUGAUUACUUGGUACAGGGGUCUCAGAUUGUGCUACUUCCCCGUACUGGACAUUGGACCCCGGUUGAACGUGAGAGCGGGGCAGCUUUGAUCAAGGCUGUUGAAUGGGCUGCCCAAGGCGAAGAGGGGGAUAUUGGGACCGUCAUCAGUGAAUCCUAUCCUGGUAUCCAGGUCAGUUUUUCACGAUAA